AUGCCUUCCUUCACAGUCUUCAAGGGCUCGAAAGAUGGCUCCAUCAAGAAGUCCCAGACCUCCAAGCCAGAGCUCAAAGGCGACCAGGUUCAACUCAAGGUAACGGCGAGCGGGCUCUGCGGCACCGACCUGCACUACCGUGAAGGCGACAUGGUCCUCGGCCACGAAGGCGUAGGCAUCAUCGAAGCCGUCGGCCCGGACGUCAAAUACAUGAAGAAGGGCGACCGAGUCGGCUGGGGCUACGAGCACGACAGCUGCGGCCACUGCAAGGAAUGUCUCACUGGCGCUGAGACCUACUGCCCAGAUCGCCAGAUGUACGGCGAAGCGGACCUCGACCAAGGCAGCUUCGCUCACGGUGCAGUCUGGCGCGAAGCCUUCCUCUUCCCUAUCCCAGACGGCCUGAGCGAUGCGGCGGCCGCGCCACUGCAGUGCGGUGGUGCUACGGUGUUCAACGCGCUCUACACGAACGGCAUCAAGCCGACGGAGACGGUGGGGAUCAUGGGUGUCGGCGGUCUCGGGCAUUUGGCAAUCCAGUUCGCUUCCAAGAUGGGCUGCGACGUUGUCGUGCUCUCGGGCUCGGACAGGAAGAAGGACGAGGCGCUGAAGCUGGGCGCGAAGGAGUUCAUCGCCACUAAAGAUAAGAAGGAGCUGAGCGUCCCUCGCAAGCUGGACCGUCUUCUGGUCACCACCUCUGCGCAGCCGGAGUGGGAGAAACUCAUCCCCAUCCUGGCACCUAGAGCGACGAUCCACCCGAUCAGCAUUGCUGGCGGCAACUUCGAGAUUCCGUACAUGCCACUCGUUCUCAACGGCCUCAGGGUGCAGGGCUCCGUCGUCGCUGCCCGCGCUGUUCAUCAGCAGAUGCUCGAGUUCGCCGCUCUGCACAAGAUCGAGCCGAUCAUGGAGAAGUUCCCAAUGACGGAGAAGGGGAUUGCGGAAGCGAUGGAGAAGCUGAACAACGGGCAGAUGCGGUACCGUGGUGUGCUGAUCCCCGAAUGA